AUGAUUGCAGCAGGAUCCCUCUGGGGCUGGCUCCUGGGGGCCCUCCUCCUGGGAGUCACAGGAUGCGGUGGCUCUGGGGCCGGCUACAUCAUCAACGGCGAGGUCUGCGGUCCCCACUCGCAGCCCUGGCAGGCGGCCUUAUUCCUGGAAGACGAGUUUCUCUGCGGGGGCGCCCUGGUACAUCCUCAGUGGGUGCUGUCGGCGGCACACUGUUUCCAGAAUUCCUACACCAUCGGGUUGGGCCUGCACAGUCUGAAAGCCAGCCAGGAGCCGGGCAGCAGGAUGCUCAAGUCCAAACUCUCCAUCCGGCACCCGAAGUUUAACAAACCGUUCCUCGCCAACGACCUCAUGCUCAUCCAGUUGCAAGAGCCUGUGGCCCCGUCGGACACCAUCCAGGUCAUCAGCCUGGCCUCGAGGUGCCCCUCGGCUGGGGACUCUUGCCUGGUCUCCGGCUGGGGCCGUCUGUCCAAUGGCAGGCAGCCCCACGAGCUCCAAUGUGCGAACAUCUCAGUGAUGUCGGAGGACGGAUGCAGCACGCUCUACUCCUGGGUUUACCACCCUAGCAUGGUCUGUGCUGGCGGAGGGAAGCCCCCAAAGGACUCCUGCAAUGGUGACUCUGGGGGACCCCUCGUCUGCAGAGGGUCCCUGCAGGGCCUCGUGUCCUUUGGACAAGCCCAGUGUGGCCUUCCGUACAUGCCGGGCGUCUACACCAACCUCUGCAAGUUCACCGACUGGAUACAGAGAACCAUCCAGUCCAGCUAG